GCCAACGGCUGGCAGAAGCUGAACUAGCCAACGACUAGGGCGGCCUGGCCCUGCGCUGCAGCCGAGCAGGGGACGCCGGGUGGGAUCCGGAGGCUGCAGCCCACCCCAAAAGUGCCUAGUAGGCGAGGGAAGGAGUGAUGUACCGGGCUGCAGCAGCUGCCUGUUGAGCCUGCAGAGAUUUUUGGUGCCUGCCUGGGGUGCAUUCAGUUAACGGAGACAGCCCUGUGCUCCCGAAGACAGAAGAGUGUCACUGUGCCCCACGUCUCCUGCUGGAGCUAUCAAGCAAAGGAAACAUCAGGGAAAAACUCGGGGAGGACGGAGGGGCACGUCCUUCUACCCUGGCCGCAGUGGGUGAUUUGUGCCCUGACACGCAGAAGGCGUUGCAGACCUCCUGCACGCCUCUGCUGCCCUCGCCCUCCUGGGCUCCCGGCAGCCUCCUCGCAGGGCUGCCCCCCUUGGACCUCCCUGCCGCUUCCAGCCUUGGGCUCCAGCCCCGCUGGAGCGCUGCAGCCUGCCGGGCGCUGCCCCCCGGGCUCCCCGCGUCUCCCGGGCAUUGCCCCUCAGGUGCAUUGCCCCCCGCCCGCCCAGGGACCUGCCGCCCGCCGGCAGAGCCAUGAAGCUGCAGGCGGUGAUGGAGAACCUGCAGCGGCAGCAGCGAGCGCGGCUGCAGCAGGCGCUGGAAGCGCGGCAGCAGGAGCAGCAGCAGCAGCAGCAGCGCUCCACACCGCCGCCGGCGCAGCCCCCGCCAGCCCCGGGGCAGAACGCCGCCGUCCCAGCCGGCACCCCGCCGUUGCCGCGGGGCCGCGGCCCGGAUCCAGCCCCGGCCCCCUCCGAGGAAGGAGCGGAGCCGGAGAGCGCGCACAUCCAGCGAGCACAGAUGGCUGCCCUGGCCGCUAUGCGGGCAGCAGCCGCCGGCCUCAGCCACUCGUCCAGCCCAGGGUUAUCGGAUGAGAGCCAGGCCUCGGAGGAGGAAGAUCGGGGAGAGGAGGAGGAGGAGGAUGGUGGAUACCAGCAGGAGAUGGGCUCAGAGGAAGAGGAAGAUCUGAAGGGCAAAUGGGAUGAAGAAGACUUUGAAGAGGACCUAGGUGAGGAGGAGGAGGAAGAGGAGGAGGAGGAGGAGGAGGAGGAGGAGGAAGAUUACGAGGAGGAUGAAGACAUGGGAGAGGAAGGGCUCAGCUCGGCGGAGGCGGUGCGGACGGGCCCGGGGUCCUUGCUGCUCCGCAAGCCACAGGCCCCGCAGCACUACCGGGGCGAGCCGCAGCGGCUGCCGGGCGGGCAGGAGCGGCUGGCGUCCGGACUGGGCCACCAGGGCCACGCGCAGCUCCCGCAGCCCGCGCCCGACCACGGCGACUGGACCUACGAGGAGCAGUUCAAGCAGUUGUACGAGCUGGACGGCGACCCCAAGAGGAAAGAAUUCCUAGAUGACCUCUUCAGCUUCAUGCAGAAGCGAGGGACUCCCGUCAACCGGAUCCCCAUCAUGGCCAAGCAGGUGCUGGACCUGUACAUGCUCUACAUGCUGGUGACGGAGAAGGGAGGCCUCGUGGAAGUGAUCAACAAGAAGCUGUGGCGGGAGAUCACCAAGGGGCUCAACCUGCCCACCUCUAUCACCAGCGCUGCCUUCACGCUACGCACCCAGUACAUGAAGUACCUGUACCCCUAUGAAUGUGAGAAGCGAGGGCUGAGCAACCCCAACGAGCUGCAGGCAGCCAUCGACAGCAACCGGCGGGAGGGCCGCCGGCAGGGCUUCGGCAGCUCCCUCUUCACGUACUCGCCCGGCGGCACCCACAGCCUCCUCUCCUCCCCCAAGCUGCAGGUGCCGGCCCUGGGGCUGGCCUCGGCCACCAACGGCGGCUCCAUCGCUCCCGUGCAGAAGAUCAAGAAAGAAGAGGACUCGCCCAUCCCCAUCUCCAUGCCCAGCCGGCUCCCCGUGUCGCUGGCCGGCCACCCCGUGGUCGCAGCCCAGGCUGCCGCCGUGCAGGUGGCCGCGGCCGCUCAGGCCGUGGCCCUGGAGCAGCUGAGGGAGAAGCUGGAGUCCGGGGAGCCCCCGGAGAAGAAGAUGGCGCUGGUGACGGACGAGCAGCAGCGGCUGAUGCAGCGGGCCCUGCAGCAGAACCUCCUGGCCAUGACGGCCCAGCUGCCCAUGAGCAUCCGCAUCAACAGCCAGGGCACCCGCUCACCAGAAAACCGCCAGGACUCCGCCAUGAGCCUGACCAACAACGGCACGAAUAGUAUUAGCAUGUCGGUCGAGAUCAACGGUAUCGUCUACACAGGUGUGCUGUUUGCCCAGACGCCAGGCCCUUCCUCCUCCUCCUCCUCCUCCUCCUCCUCGCUCCCCUCCUCUGCGUACAGCAAAGGCGGCGGCGGCCGGAGCGGCGGCGGCGGCGGCGGCGGCCCCCAGGCAGCCCCGGCUGCUUCGUCUGUGCCGCCGAGCUCUACCUCUAACAACUCUUCGCCUUAACGCCCCCCGCGCCCCCCGGCCCUCUCAUCUCGCCAAACCCCGCGGAAGGAGCGGCGCGGCCGUGCGCGGAGCGUGCCCGGCCGGCGCCGAGCCCGCAGCCCCGCGCGCGCCCCGGCGGGCAGGGCGGCCGGCUCUGCGCUUACCGGGGGGGCUCGUUUCGUUUUUGUGUUGUUUUGGGGUUUUUUGUUUGUUUGCAAGGAAGAAAAGCUUUAGCCCCGGGGGGUUUCAUUAAAGGCUGCCUGGGCUGAGCCAUCGGCUGUCCCACGAGCGUUUUGACACGAUGCAUUGUAAAUCCAGAACUGUUUACCUCACACACAUCACACUUUGCACUGUACAUUUAUUAUUAUUAUUAUUAUUUUUUUAACUCGUGUUACCUCCAGACAGACGUACGGACACCUGCCAACGCGAGCUUUAAUGAAACCUCCCGGCCCUCUUUAAAGAAAAGAAAAAAGAAAAAAAUUGGAAAUCGGGAGAUAUUUUAUUCAUUUAGAUCCUUUUUCUUCCCCCUUUAUUUUGAGAACUACACUCACUAUAUGGGAUUUUAAGAGGUUGUUGUUUGAUUGUUUUGUUGUAAAUAGCUUCUAUUUUAUUCUCUAAAAAGAAAAAAAGAAUCGAACUUUAACAUGCAAAUGAUAUAUAUUAGUGUUCAUCAGGGAAACAGGAGUUUGGAAACCUUUUAACCUCCUUUUUCUUUUCCUCUCGUUGUUGUGCGAUGUUGCCGGUUUCGAGCUGUGCUCCGUUCUCUGGAAACGCCGCAGACGGCCCCGCCGGAGGACGGCGGGCGUCCGGCGAAGAAGCUCAGGUGUUUGUA